CAUAAAAGCGUAGGGUUCCAUCUCUCGACAAGCUGACCAGUUCUCCAGCGUCGUGCAUCCGAGAGUGAAGAAUAGCAACCGGACAGCCAAAACAGUAACAGCAAGGCCAUCGCGUCCUCACCCAUACACCUGUUCCCUGGCUCGAUACUAGUAUUUUGACGGAAAGCCAAGCAGUGCUGGACGAAAACCCCACGUCUGCACACCAAGCCAAAAAAUGGGCAUCAUACCAGCACGCAAAGCGGUGGCCUUCCCCGUCAAGGCCGGACAGGAAGUCAAGGUGAUCAACACGCACGGCAAACAAGUGGUGGACUUCUGGGCCUUCAACCCCAAGGAUCCCAACGACUUCUUAUCCAUGGUCCAUACCAGGACCAUCUUGCUCAAGGUAUCGCUCGCAAAGGGUGAUGAACUAUACAGCACUCGGCGGAAGCCCAUGCUCGUCUUGACAGAAGACACGACAAAGGGCGUGCACGACAUCAUCUGGUCGGCCUGCGACGCCGAGCGAUACCGCAUGCAAGGAUACGACGGGUACCACGACAACUGCACGGACAACAUGCAUUCUGCGUUAAAGGACACAUUUCCGGACUUCCCCAUCGCGCACGACUGGGUCCCUGAUCCACUGAACCUGUUCAUGAACGUGGCCAUCGACCACCACGGCGGCUUGAACAUCAAGCCUCCCACCUCCGAGAAGGGCCAGUACGUGACGAUGCAGGCUCAGACGGACCUGAUCGUCGUCAUGAGCGCGUGUCCGCAGGACAUGGCGCCCGUCAACGCGGGCAUGCCGACGGAUUGCGAAUACCAAGUCUUGGACGACGUCUCUGCCGCCGCGGGAAGCAGUGCCCUCACUCGACAAAUCCCGGCGACAAUAUCACCGGCACCCUCGCGAUCUUCUCGUCGCCGCCGUGUCAAGGUGGCCUUGUCGUUCGACUUCGACGCCGUGUCACACUGGCUGGGCACGGGCUGCCAUCCGGACAACAACAUGGCGGAUUACAGCUCGGGCAUCUUCGCCGGCCAAGUGGGCGCAUUCCGGCUCCUCAACAUGCUCAAGAAGUGCGGCAUCGCCGACAAAGUGACAUGGUUCAUCCCGGGCCACACGAUCGAGACGUUCCCCUCGGCCGUGCAGGCCGUCGUCGAGUCCGGCGCCGAGAUCGGCCUGCACGGGUACUCGCAUGAAGGCAUCUACCAGAUGACGGAAGAACAAGAAACGGACGUGCUGCUCAAGUGCAUCGACGUCGCGACAAAACUGUGCGGCGGCAAGAAACCCCGAGGCUACCGCGCGCCCAUGUACACGAUCCGCGAGACCACGGUGAAAUUACUCCGCCGGCACGAAUUCCUGUACGACACCUCGCUCAUGCACCACGACAGCCAGCCGUACUUCACGCCCAACGACCCGCCCAUCAAGACCAUCGACUUCUCGCAGCCCGCGUCGUCGUGGCUGCACCCGACCGAAAUCGCGACCCAGUCGUUCCCCGCCAACGGCCAACAUCCCUUGGUCGAGAUCCCCUGCGGCUGGUACAACGAGGACAUGAUGCCGCUGCAAUACCUGCCCCACCUGGCCAACAGCAUGGGCUACGUCUCCACCCGCGUCGUCGAGCAGAUGUGGAAGGACAAGUUCAUGUGGCUGUGGGACAAUGCCAGUGAAUCCACCGAGGGAUGCGCUUCGGCCGACUUCGUCUUCCCCAUCCUCAUGCACCCGGACACGUCGGGCAUGUCCCAUAUCAUCGGCAUGUCGGAGCGCUUCAUCCAAUGGCUGAAAGGUUUUGGAGACGACGUGACGUUCUCGACUCAUGAGGACAUUGCCAAAGAGUGGCUCGCAGAACAAAAGCAGAAGCUGGGUCUUUCUUGAGCCGGCGAAAUGGCAACAACACAAAACAGCAAGACGACAAGGCGACAAGAUGGCAGAACAGUAAAACGGCUUUUGAAAACAGACAGACAAAGGACGAAUCGAUUUCUAUGCCUCGGAAAGGGGUAUAAUUACAGUGGAACUGGCAUGAACUAGUUUUGCAACCCAUUCUUCUUUGAUUGUCUCAUCUAUCUCAUUUGUACUUAAUGAAAGAUUUGUACAGCUUCGUCA